AUGGUGGGCCCAACUAGCCCUCGCCCAUUCACUGGUGGUGCUGCUGGUUGGGGUGGGGGUUUUGUUCCUCCUUCCACUUCCGCUUCCUCUAUCCCUCCCCACCCUUCCCCGAAACACGCCAUCCACCCCCCCCCUACCACAUCGGACAGCUCCAGCGUCACCACAACGGGCGUGCUUAUAGCGAGGAUGUGCGGGGGUGAGUUUGAGCGCGCAGACGGGUACAACCUCCUGAGAAAGGUGCUCAAGGCGUUUAAAGAGGCUAGCACGGCGCACCGCCGCUCUGCCAGCAGCGUCUUCAUCCGCUCCCUCUCUGCGGGCGCCGGCCUGCUCACCGGGUCUCGGGGGAAGGAAGGCGGAGGGACUGGCGGAGGAGGCGGAAGCGGAAGCGGAGGAGGAGGAGGGGGAGCGGGGGGUGGCGGUAUUAAUGGUUCUGGCAUGGCCAAUUCUGCUUCGGGUGGCGGGGCCGGUGCGUUCCCGACCAGCGUGUCUGUCUCUCGCGCGGUUACUGCAGGAGCAGGAGCAGGGGGGGGGGCGCCGGGGAGGGAGGGUGGGCCUGCUGACGUGCGUUCGCUGGCAGCGGCGGCAGCGAUAGCAACGGAGCUAGGGAUCAACGUGCCACGGCUGGAGAACAAAAUGAGAGCCAUGGUGAUCCAGUACCGAGCGCCCGUGCAAGACCCUGAGCUCAUCUUUCCCUACCGGGACGCUCCUGGCGCGUACCUCGUCCAGCCGCCCGAGCCUGAGCCCAAGGCUGAGGCGGAGGCUCGGUCGGAAGGGAAUUUGGUGUGGGGGUCGAAGGAGGAGCAAUACCUUUUGGAAGAGGUGGAGGAGGGGAAAGAGGAGGGGAAGGAGGAGGGUAACACGGAGUGGAGAAGGACGGAGAGCAGCAGCGGGGUUGCAGGGGAUACUGGGACACCUGCAAAUACAUCUCAAGUAGGCGCGCUGCCAGCAGCGGCAACGGGAGCGGGUGUAGGCCCUCCCUGCCCUGGCAUGCCCCCAAGGAGUCCGCUGAAGAUUGCUGCUGGUGGGGGCCGGCGGGAGAUCAUUCUGAUCAAGGAGCCAAAGAAGAGUAGGAGGCAGAGGGCUGCGUCUGUGGGUGGCGGUGCUGGGAGUGGGGCGGUUGGGGCAGUCUGUAUUACACAGGAGCAAGCCGUGGUUGGUGGCGGUGCUAGUGCAGGGGAGCAGCAGGAGCAGAAGAAGCAAGAGGGGCAGGAUGGGGAGGUUCAGAAGAAGGGGCAGGAGGAGCAGACGAUGCAAGAAGAGGAGCAGGCCAAGCAGAAGGAGGAACAGGAGGUGAAGCAGGAUGAGCAAGUGAGUCUGAUGCAGCAGAGUAGAACGUUAGCAGUGGCGCCUCAGCAGCAGCAGGAACAUCUCAAUUCACAGGCGCACGGGAAGGGUUAUAAGGGUUUAGGAAUAGAGCUAUCUGCUCCGCAGCAGGAAAAAGAGCAGACAGCAAACCUGCAGCAGCAGCAGUCGCAGCAAGUGAAGGUAGAAACUGCACUCAUUUCUGGGGUGAGUCAGCAAAUCGGGGGCAUAUCACUUGGGAAUGACAUGGAGGUCCCUACACCCAAGGGAUUCACCGCGUUAUUCUCCUCCUCCUCCUCCUCCUCCUCCUCCUCCUCCUCUUCCUCCUCCUCCUCCUCCUCCUCCUCCUCCUCCUCCUCCUCCUCCUCCUCCUCCUCCUCCUCCUCCUCCUCCUCCUCCUCCUCCUCCUCCUCCUCCUCCUCCUCCUCCUCCACCACCACCAUGGCCCUUGCUCAACGGAAACCUUUCUACUCAACAUCAUUCGUUCCCGUGCAAUCCUCUACACCUGCCGAUUUCCCCAGCCUCUCCUCCCCUUUCCCCUCCUCCCCUGUCUCCUCCUCUUCCUCACGACCACCAACUAACCGCGUGUUACGUAGGGGCUGGUCGUCGGAAGUCCCUGGGGAUAGAAGCAGGGGUAAGAGGGCAGCGGGAGAUGGCAGCAGGGGGGGAAUGGGGCUGGGAGGGUACGGGGAACGUGAGAGCGUUUUGGUUGGGGAGUACACGAAACUGAAACGGCCUUCAACUAGUGGUGGUGGCGGUGGCGGUGGCGGCGGUGACGGCAGAGGUUUUCUUUAUAGUGAAGAAGGGAACAACACGCCAAGCGGCUCUAAGGUCAGCAAGGGCGGCGGCCUCUCCCUCCCUCUCACCGGUUUCCCCGACUCAUCCUUCAAUGCUUCAGUGUCGGGCGCAUGGCAGCAGUUCAGCCGCUCCCUACGCCUUCUCUCCCCGUUAGACCUCUGCGGAGCCCCGCCGCAGCCCUUGAGAGGAGCACGGCCGGGCGCCCGGCUGCCUGCCCUUGGGGGGUUUAGGGGGCUUGGGGGAGCAGCGGGGGGGGGAGGUGGGUCGGAGGUGGAGAUGGAGUGGAGGGAGAGGCUGUUAGAGAGGCGCAAGGAGGUUGGGUUCCAGCGGUCGUCCUCGCUGAGUGACGCAGAGGCGUUUCAGCAUCUGGGGCUGUAUGGGUUGGACGAGGAGGGGUAUGGGCAGGAUGGGGUGGGGAAGGAGGGGGGGGGUUUGGGAUCCAGGGACGGGAUGAGAAAGGGUGGGAUUGGCGCUGGGAGUGGUUUUGGCUUAGGAGUGGGUCGCAGCUCGAGUAGUAAGUCAGCAGAGGAGGGUGCUUCUGCUGGUUCUCCUGCGUCUGCUUCUGCUUCUGCCGUUGCGGGCGCUGGUGGUGGUGGUGCGAGCUCUGCUGGUUUCGCCGCUGUUGGCUUUGGUGCCGGUGGUGACGUGCUGGGCUUCCUGUCUCGUGGGUUCGGAGGCAGUAGCAGGUCAGCAGGAGGGGCGGUGGGAGCAGGGGCAGGGCGAGUGCAGCAGCAGCAGCAGCAGCAGCAGCAGCAGCAGCAGCAGCAGCAGCAGCAGCAGCAGCAGCAGCAAGGCAGUGGGGGUGCGGGCCUGGCAGCGUGCAUCAGCGGUGCAGCAGGCAGCACAGGGAGGAUGAUGGGAGGAGGAGGGGGUUGGAAUGCAGUGGGUGCAAGUGGUGAUGAUGACGAUGACGAGUCGCUGCUGCUGGGUUACUCGAGAAUUGAUGUUGAUGGUGACUCUGCGGGGGGUUCAGGGAGAAGCGGGGAGCAGGAGGAGGGCGUGGAGGCAGCCGUGGGAGUGGGGGUGGGCGUGGGGAGGCUCUGUCUGCUUGUCGCCGUGUUGGCUCUGCAAGCCCUUGUUGGCGCUGCAAUUGCCUUCCUUGUUCUCUUCACCUGA